AUUUACCGUCGGCUGAAGCGCGGUUCGGAAAUCUGUCCAUCAGACUGUGUGUCUCGGUAACACACGUGACUAGCGCGCCUUCCAAAGUGUUUUGCAACUUUUCCAUUUUCUCCAACCAAUUUUUAACGCUUUUCGUCGCUCAGACCCUGUCCCGUCAAUCCAAGUAGCUAACGUAGAUAUCAACGUUUAUUUUAACAUUAUCAACGUGCUUUUAGCGUUCUACAACGUGUUUUAUAACUUUUCCAAAUUGUCCAUCGUGUUUUUCAACGUUAAUCAUCAAUGACAUCGGCUGUCAUUACAGUAUGGUUUGUGUGUUAGCAUAUCACAUCAUAUCUAAUAAAUAAAACCACUCCAAGUAAAAUUGAGCUUGUAGUAGAAUAAUGUGGUAAAGUGAUCGGGUUCACAUCAAAUGCCUUUGAAAGUUUGUGAUGUUUUCAAAUUGAGUGCAUCGUCCAUAUUGAAUAAAUUGAAGUGUUUGAAGUGUGUGAUAAUCAACCAGAAGAAUCAAAGCAAGUGAAUUUAGUAAGAUUUAUAUUACUUGUAAUCAACAGUUUGUUUCAACGUGUUCUUAACGUUUUUCUACAAUUCUUCAACUAUUUUUGGAUUACCUCUUUCUCUUGCGUGGGCGGAAUUGCUUAUAAGUUUCAAGCUGGUUCUGAUUGGCCCUCAUCCUCAUUGAUCUGUCAUCUGGAUUAGGUCGUGACUGGAUUAGUAACAGGAAGUGAGGCCAUGAGAUCGGAUUAUUGCUGCUUUCAAAGCAGCUAUGGUGCCGAUGAUAAUCCGUGUGCUGGCAGAAGGAGAGGUGUGCGAAGUGCCGAUAACUCCCGAAACAACAUGUGCCGAUGUCAUUGACUGUGUCAGGGACCCUGGCGACGAGGAAUGCACUCUCCUGCAAACAUGGGGUCACGGAUACGAGAGAGUCCUGAGGGACAGCGACAAACCGUACGAGAUCCUACAGGAAUGGGGUGCACAGAAGGACCCCUGCAAGCUGGUACUCAAGUACACAGUACUACCAUCUCCUUCCAUCAAUGGUAGGGGAUCGGAAACGAGAAAUGGAAUGAAGGAGCCAGGAUUGAUCGGAGAUUCGCUGCCUUCAGGUGGUUGCGAGCUGACACUGGGCGAACUGGAGGAGAUGGCGCUGCGUCAGCAGGCGCAGAUAGAGCAGCAGCGCCAGCAGCUGGCAGCGCGCGAGCAGCGUCUGCGCUUCCUCAAGCAGCACGAGGCGCGCCACUUGCAGGUGGCCGCCGAACAUGAGCGCCUACGUCAUCUGCGCGACCGCGUGCACUUGCAGGAGCUCAAGCUGCGCAAGCUGCGUGCGCUGCGCGGACAGCUGCAUCACAACAAGCUCAGCAAUGCCGCUCUCACUUCGGACCUGGACUCGAUUCGAGCGCUAUUCAAUGAAAAGGAGAAAGAGCUGUCGCUGGCGGUUGCCAAAGUGGAGGAGCUGACCACUCAGCUGGAGGAGCUGCGGCGGGGUGGCCAGGGGGGUAGGGGGGCUGGCAAGGGGGGAGGCAAGGGGGGUGAGCCGCAGCUGCAGUCGGCUGCAGUGCAGCAGACGGCUGCCGCCAUCGAACUAGAGAAGCUGCGACGUGAACUCAUGUACCGCAACAAGCUCAAUGAACAGCAAACGGCGCGGCUGAGUCAGCAGCGGGAAGCGCUGAGUCAGCGACAGGAGGAGGUCGCCUCCAUAGACAAACGCAUCGCUGAGCUGCAGGACCGGCUGCAUCGCAAACGACUGCUCAAUCAGCAGCUGGCCAGUCAGAUCAAUGCGGCUGCAGCUGCUAACAACCACCAGCAACAUCUCAGAAGCUCACUAUCAGCGACAACAAUCCAGCAGCACCAACAGCAGCAGCAGUCACUCUAUCAGCAGAGUGCGAUGAGGGGCAACAUAGCUGCUGUGGAGCCCUACCAUCAUGUGCCUGCCCCACUGCCCGCUGGGGGCAAGCCCCUCGACCACCCCCGACCACCGCCCUACCCUACAUCACAGAACCGGCGCCUCGAAACCGACUACAACGGUCACGACGAGUUUGUCGAGGCUAAGAUGUUGGCGGCGAGGAAAAACAGUUGUACUACGGCCGGUAAUAAUUUCUUGGAUGAUAAGAAAGUGGAAAAAUGUGAAGAUGUGUUGCCGGAGUUUGGAGCGAGUAAAUCGGAUCCCAAAUACCAGACGCUGCCUUAUAAUACUAAGUUCGGUGUGAACUAUGUGUCGGCGAAACAGCAGUUGCCGAGGUCCUCGGCGGAAGGCGGGGAGAAUGUGGCCGACGCAGGCAUGGAGAAUAAGGGCCAGCAACAGCUGAUGAGUAUAGCGCACAGCACACCUGUUUCGCCGGGUGGUGUGAACCGGGGCUUGGCCACCCAGGUCAAGUCACCCUCCACUACAUCCGAUUCGCCAUCACCCUCCUUCGUUCAUCCGCCUGCUAGUUUAGCGGCUAGCAGAGUGUACGGAUCGACGACAGCAAGCUCACUGCUGAGCCGGGGUCAACCGGUGGGCGGGGCUUCGUCCACAACAUCGUCUACCUCAUCGUUGGCCACCAAUAGCAGCACAGGAUCCAACAGUGCUCAUCAGACAGUAAUUGCUUGUGCGGUGGAGGUAUCUGAAAUGCCAUCUUCUACAUCUAUCACUACUUGCCCUUCAGCAGCUUCUUCUAAACUCUGUCAUGAAGACUCAUCUACUAACCUUACUUCUACUUUACUAACUUCUUCAUCUAACUCUUGUAAUUCUUCAACUAUCACUGCUACUAAAACGGUGUUUGCCUUGCCACCAACGCCUUUGACUCUUGAAUUUCAGAAACCAAUAAGCAGCGUAGCCCCCACGACUGUACAAGCGCACCUAAGUCAAAGUCAAUCAUCGUCCACUAAACAAGCUCAGCAGGCAAGUGGCACUGCGCAUGCUCCUCAAGACUUGCCAUCGCAAAUCUACCAAACAUCGUCGACUAAGAUCCAGCCUGUCCAGCCUCAAACACUUAGCUCUACUCCUCAGGGUAUUCUGAGGGAUCAGAAGAGCGACUCUCAGGACUCGGGACAGGAGUCAUCGACAGGCAGCCUGAAACCGGCGCUGCCACCCAAACCGUUGGCGCCCCAGGCGGGAGCCAAGUCGACGCCUCCGCCGCCCCCCAGGCAGAUGGUGCACUGGUCGACGGACCCUCCAGGCCAGGUCGACCAGGAUGGCCCACAGGAGGCGAAGAGGCCGGUCGGUCUCAGACCGUCUGUUGACAUCUCGGCCGACGCAGUUGACUCGGCUCUCAACGUGUUAAGGGGGGCUGUCUCCAUAUCUGCUAGAGGCGCCAUGACUAGUGCACAAGAGUACCUGGUGACCAAGUCGUCCAACUCAACAUAUCAACCUGAGCCGUCGGACUCAUCGAUUCCACCCCCUCCCCCCACCACAGAGCCACCAGUAGAUGACACACCUGUGAGGAGGACAGAACCAAUCAAGCCAUCCAGGCCUUUGGCGAUCAUCAAACAACAGCAACCUUUCACAAACGACCCCAGAUCGCGGGUUGGCAGUGGCUUCGCAGACAGUGCCAGUAGUAGACUGGAAGGACACGAUGUGGUGAACAGUGCUAGUAACGCGAACAAUGUUAGGUUAGGUGCGCAAGAUGUGUCCCCCACCUACAGUACUAGUGAGUCUAGUGAGUCGCCAGCAUCCAAUGUCCAGUUCUCGACCAGUAGACGAAUAGAGAUGCCACCCGCCUUCCUGUUCCCUGAAACGGAAGCACCGCCCGCCGAUCUGCUUCCAGCCGGAACCGGAAGUAGUGAACCGGAAAUCACGUACGGUGACAGCGGCGGAUCGCCUACUACCUCCAAUCGACCGAUCGACGAAAAUUGCAACCUCGACGAUAACAAUCGACUCAGCUCGGACAAAGUGGAGACCAACGAGAUUGAGACAAGGAACAAUCUGAACAAUAACAACAACAAUAGCAAUAACAAUAACAACAACAUCAAUAGUAUCAGUGGGAGUAAAGAAACAGGAGGCAGCGAUCUGAUAGGCCCAGCACAGCGUCGAGCAAAGAAGGGCAACCUGAAGGGUGGAGCCGGUGGCGGUGGAGGUAGCAAGCAGUCUCGUCGAGUGUCGUUUGACCCGUUGGCACUCCUGCUGGACGCCUCACUCGAGGGUGAACUGGAGUUGGUGGUGAGGACAGCCGGUCAGGUGAGGGAUCCCAGUGCUGCCAACGAUGAAGGCAUCACCGCUCUGCACAACGCCAUCUGCGCCGGCCAUCUCGACAUUGUUCGCUUCCUCGUGCGCUUCGGGUGCGAUGUCAACGCACAGGAUAGUGAUGGAUGGACACCACUGCACUGUGCGGCAUCGUGCAACAACCUGGCAAUGGUGAAGUUCCUGGUGGAGCACGGCGCCUGCAUCUUCGCGACGACGCUCAGCGACCAGGAGACGGCCGCCGAAAAGUGCGAGGAAGACGAGGAGGGGUUCGACGGUUGCUCCGAGUACCUUUACAGUGUGCAGGAGAAGCUGGGCAUUCUGAACAACGGGGCGGUGUUUGCGGUGUUCAGCUACGAGGCGCACCAGGCGGACGAGCUGUCAUUCGGCGAGGGUGACCGCCUGGUGGUGCUCAGGAAGGGUGACGAGUGGGAGCGUGAAUGGUGGUGGACCAGGCUGGGUGAUCGUGAGGGUUAUGUGCCACGAAAUCUGUUAGGGCUUUAUCCCCGAGUUCACAAUAAACCGGCCGAAUGAUCAACAAUUGUUCGGCUGCUAUGCACAAAAAUGGAUGUUGAUGAACUUCUCGAUCACCUGAUAAUGCUCAGCCUCUCCAGCAAUGAAGAAAAUCAAAAAAUCUAAUUCACCAGAAUUAUUGGUGGAUCGACGUGAACUUUGUACGAAAACACUCCUAGUCAAUCAACUUUGACUCAGUUUUCAAAUUAUCUUUGACAUUUUAAAGAAGUUAGAUUCUUGAAAUUCUACAGUGUAGAAUUUAUUUUAUCCUAGAACCCUAUUCUGGUUUUUUAUGAGGUCAUCUCCACAUAAUCUUCAGAGAAAUAUAUUUUGGUAUAUUUCAUUUACUGUAUCAAUAAAUUGAAGUAUUCGACUACUUCUAUAAACUCACCUACAUUUCUACUCCGUGAACCUACAGUUUUUCAUCUAGAGAACAAUAAUGAAAAUAUAUUUAAAAUAAUUAAGCACAAAUAAUAUAGAAUUCAAACAAUAACACGCUACAUCACUUUUGAGGUACAUCCACUUUCAUAGUUUGUUAUACAAGUUUUGGUAGGAUAAUCUCCUAUUUUUUCAAAUACAAUCAUGUUAAUGUAGUAUAGAAUUAUUGUCAUUGUUUCAUCGACAGGCAACAGGCUUUAACCUCAAGCUUCAACCUCAAGCUUGAACCAACAUAACUUUGUCAAUUAGCAUAUCACAAUAGUUGUGAUUUUUUUCCUUUCCGUUACAUUUUUUUUAUUGCGGCAGAGUUUUAUUUUCAUUUUUACGAAUGUCAAAGAAAAUAUUUUUUUAUGUUAUAUAGGUUAUAACGAGUUUUUAGUUUAGAAGCGAGAGCUGUUUCUUCAUUUAUACUAUUGUAACGUUUCAUCCAUUAUUUUUUUAUGCGAUGGAAUUUCAAUUUUACCACUUGCAAUGUUGUUAUCAGAAUAGCUUUAUGAAAGCUAGGUAUUUCACAUGUAUCGGAACACGCUAUAUAAUAAAUGUAUCAAUAUAAUACUAUGCUUUUGCCAAUCAUUUUCAAAAAUCCUUUUUAGGGAUGAAUUUGUAAGAAUUGCAUGUACCAAUCAAUACUCUUCAAACAUAGUAUGAUACACUAAUCACACAUCACAGUUUACAGAGAAAAAGAUUACCGUAGUUGAAAUCUACUAAGAACACAAUAAUGAAAAGUUUGGGGAUGUAAAUAGAAGAACUUCUAUUAUUGUAUAAAAUGUAAUAUCCACUGUAACAAAACAAUAAAUUUAAUGUGAUUUUCAGAUGAAUGCCGCAUAAUCAAAACUGUUUACUAUAGAAAUAAUUGUCAAAACGUUUCAAACAGUCACUAAGAUUAAAAUGUACUUGCUGCAUAUUUUGUUAAUGCAUUUCGCAACAAAAUAAUGCAUAUUUAUAAAACAUGACAUUUUUCCCUCACUAUCAAUUUUUAUGAUUUGAUGAUGAGGAAAAAUAUAUAUUAUUCACAAGUAGGCCCUAUAAUGGAUUAAGAUCUAUUAUCAAUUUUUAAAACAAUUUUAAUAUGAUAUUCAGCUCUUAAAUAAGCUUUCACUUUUUUAAUACAUCACAAAUAUUUAAAUAUUUUAUAUCUACACAUUCAUAUCAUUGAAUUAUCAUCCUAACAUAUUUGUGGUGCCUUGACGUCUUGAAGACAUCCAUUCUGUUCAAAUUAAACCUUCUCACAUUGAAAUUAUUCCAAUUAUCAAAGAAUGUAUCAAUAAAUUUUGAAACAAUAUGAUAAGGAUGAAUGAAUUUUAAAAUAAAAACCAAUGAAACUUUAAUAGAAUAUGCUUAUCACUAAUAACUCUCUUCUUGUAAUUCGAAAAUAUUCUGUCUAGAAAUAAUAAUGAAUAUCACUUAAUGCUUUAAUGACUGUAUUGUGAUGGUUUUAAUUUGUUGAGUACAUGAUACAUAAAAUAGACCUUGUUAAGUCAGAUGUCUAUUAUCAUAGAUUCAUAGAUUGUGAAAUUUAUGAUGAAAUAUUCUAACAAGAUCUGAUAUUGUGUGUAAUCUAAGAAAAGAUAGCAUUAGAAACAAAAUAUUUAUAACAGUUUUUUUAAUUAACCGAAAUUUUUUCAUACCAUGUUGUAUGAAUCAUAUUUUUUAUUUUAAAAGCUAUAUGGAGCUGUGAUAGUAGAGCCAUUUCUUUGAUAAUACAUUCAAAGUGAAUAGGCCCUUUUUAUUACCUUUUUAAACUUGUAGAUUGAAUUUGAUUAUUGCAACUGCAAAACUCACUUAUGAGAAAUCACAUUGUUUUUUAUUAGUACAAAUUCAACCUACUUUUUUAUUAUUCCAAUUUCAACCUAUCUGGAUGAGAUGCCAAUGCUCACAAAUUCACUACUAUUGUAUGGUCAAUACUAUGGUAAUAAUUCAUCGACAAUUUAAAAGAUCUUUCAUCAUUAUUGGUGUUUACUGUGGAUCUCUCCAGAUUAUGAAAUGUAAUUUUGUACUUCUUGAGUUUCCCAAGAAACAAUAUUUUGAUUGAAUAUUGUUCAUU